GACAACAAAGUAUAAAGAUUUUUUUAAUCAAGGGUGAGCUUUUGAACUUCUGUUUAUGUUCCCAAAAAAUGUUGAAGGGAAAAUAAGGAAUAUCUGCAGGCUUUUAUUAAUCACUGAAAGUACUCUGCCAUCAUCUCCAGGUGCUUCCUCCACAAUCCACCUGCCACAUUGCCACCAGAUGACUCCAUCCUUUGGUCACACACUUAGCCAGCACUCUGCAGCUUGAAGGGUAAAGUCCAAACUCUUUAGCCCAAUAUUCAAGACCGUCCAAAAUUCCAUCCCAACAUACCUCUCAAAAAAUCUCACUUUAAGGAAAUUAAUACUCUGGCCAAGUGAUCUCUAAAUUGUAAGAGGCCACUGCAUCUCCUUCCUACUUUCUCUUGCUUAUGCUGUUCCUUUUCACUGGAAUGCUUCCUUCCCUCUGUUUACUCCUGUUAAGUCCCACCUAAGUUUUAAGGUCGAAUGCAAACGCUGUGUCCUCUAGGAAGGCUUUUUAUACCAUAUUGACAUCAUCUUUCCAGAGUGCAGUGAUUUUUAUUGUCUCCACUCUCUGGCACUUAACCACAAGCUACCUUAGCAGAGGUUACUGUUUUAGGUAGAGGUGAUAAACCUGUUCUUUACAAGUUCUUUGCUUCCCCAACCACUCCCAGCUCAACAACUGUUAGCAAUGAUGGCCACCCCUUAGUUUGAAAUGGUUAAUGAAUUCCCCCACCAGUAGCCACUGAUAGUUCUCCAUUGAGGCUACUAGUAGUCAAGCCCUCGAAUUCUUAGCAGAUGAUUUAAAUAUGGAAUUGAAAUACUUUUUUUUCCCCACAGGUUUCGACUUUCUGGCCUUGACAACUAGUGAAUUGGGAAUCCCUUCAACAUAAGGAUUGAUCACUGCCCUUGAGGUUCACAGGGUGUAAGUAAUAAUACGUGAAAUCUGGACUCGAACGCACCGAGUGCUCAGGGGUGACGCUUUCGGUAGAGGUUUGAAAGUAAAUGGUGUUUGAAAGUCUGGCGUUCCUCCUUGACGUGAAGCCGCUGGGGUAAAACUAAAACAGCCAACUCCUUCCCCGCUCCCCGCCGCCUCCCUGCACGUGCGUGGCCGCAGGCGAGGGUCAAGCGGAGGGGCGGGGUCAACUGGAGGGGGCGGGCUUUAAUGUCUUCGCCUGCUGAUUGGCUACCUGCAGCGAUUGCCUUCGAUGAUUGAUCGCUGGCGCGAGGGACGCUGGGACUGGCAUGCGGUGCUUUCCUCGGAUCUAGUAGGCAGCAAUGGCGGCUGAAUCUUCGACAGCUCGGCUCACCCUGUCUUCCUGUCAGCAGACGGGAAGGAAGGGUCGGCCCUGGGUAGCUGCUGAGAUUCAGUGCGCUCGGUGCGGGAGAAUGGUGACCAAAGCUUCUGGUCACCACCAUGAAUUUCAGUGUGGACAUGCUUUAUGUGAACUGUGUUUAUUAACUGAAGAAUAUAGCACAAUUAUAUGCCCUGCUUGUGAGGUUGCUACAUCUAUAAAUACUAGACAAGGAUAUUAUCCAAUAGAUGGAUAUGUUAAAGAAGGUUCUUUUAUGGACAAACUGCAGCCUAAAAAGAUAAAGAAUUGUUCUCAGGACUUCAAAAAGACUGCUGAUCAGCUAACUAUUGGUUUAGAACACAUUGGUUCACCAUCCACACACAGGACUGUUUUGAAUUCAUCAGCUGUAAUGGUGGAGACUAAAACUACAGAAGAAAUUGAUGAAGCAUUAAAGAUAGCAGGCAAUAAUUUUGAACAAUUAAGUAUUGCUGUAAAAAUGCUCGAACACAUACACAGUCAAACACAAGAGGAGACAGUCAGUCUUUUAAAGGAUCUGGAGAAACAGUUUGAUCAACUUUUUACUUCUCUUGAUUCCAGGAAAAAGAACUUGUGUGAAGAAGUAGCAAGAAAAACAGAUGAUUAUUUAUCAAAUGUAAUAAUGGCUAAAAACUGCAUUGAAGAGAGAAAAAAUGAUUUGAAUGCAGCUAUGAAGAUAGCAAGAGAGUUAAAGUCAGCACCUUCUCUAAGGACUUAUUGUGACCUGAAUCAGAUCAUCCGCACCUUGAAGUUAACCUUUGAGAAUGAAUUGCCACAAGUUAGUGCUCUAAAACUAAGGAAAUCUCCCAGGUUGAAUAUGAGUUGCAGUGAGAUCAUCUCUGUGGUCAACAAUAUGAUCAAGAUUGACUUUGAGGACUCAACAAAAUACCCCCAAGAAAAUGAAAUUGGCCAGAAUCUUCAAAAGAAAUAUAAUCACGAAAAGAAAUUUUCUUGUCGUGAUACAUUCCCAUCGCCAGCAAAGAAAAGGGUUGACAUGCCUGUCCUAACUAAUGAACCCCUACCACCUCCUUUGCAACCAGAAACUGAUGAUGUGCAUUUGGAAACAAAAAACUUUCAGCCACAGAAAGAGGUUGUUGCAUCAACAUCCCCUAAAAGCAUUGCUGCUCUACCCCAGAUGGGAUCUAGCCCUGAUGUGAUCAUUGAAGAAAUUAUUGAAGAAAACCUGGAAAGUUCUCCAGAGCUAGUUUUUGUAAGUCAUGUAAUACAUCCUUGCCACUUCUACAUUCGGAAGUAUUCACAAAUAAAUGAUGCAACAGUAUUGGAAAAGAUGGUAAAUCAGUUUUGCAAUAAGAGUUUACACCUUGAUCCUUCAGACAUUUUGGAGCUAGGUGCAACAGUAUUCGUCAGCAGUAUUGGAAAUGGAAUGUGGUGUCGAGGUAUUAUCACUGAAUUAAUUCCAAUAGAAAAUGAAAAGAUUAGGAAACAUUGUAGUCCAACUAAAUUUUCAGUUGGUGAAGUUGCACUAAUACAAAUAUUCAUGGUGGAUUUUGGAAAUUCUGAAGUCCUAAUUGUUGCAGGAGUUGGUGAUACCCAUGUGAAAUCAGAACACAUUGCUGAGCAACAUAUAGUACUAAAUGACUUAUGUCUGGUCCUAAGGAAGUCUGAACCAUAUAUUGAAGGGCUGCUGAAAGACUUCCAGCCAUUAGCACAGCCAUGCUCAUUGAAGGACAUUGUUCCACAGAAUUCAAAUGAAGCUUGGGGAGAAGAAGCUAAAGUAGAAUUUUUGAAAAUGGUAAAUAACAAGGCUGUUUUAAUGAAAGUUUUUAGAGAAGAAGAUGGUGUGCUUAUUGUAGAUCUGCAGAAACCACCAACAAAUAAAAUAAGCAGUGACAUGCCUGUGUCUCUUAGAGAUGCAUUAGUUUUUAUGGAACUGGCCAGGUUUAGGUCACACUCACCAAGAAGUCAUUCUGAGAAAAAUAUGAUUUUACACUAUCAUCCACCUAUUUUGCCUAAAGAAAUGACAGAUGUUUCCGUUAUGGUUUGUCAUAUAAAUAGUCCUACUGAUUUCUAUCUUCAGUUGAUAGAGAGCCUGGAUUUUUUAUUUCUAUUAAAGACAAUUGAAGAUUUCUAUAAAAGUGAAGAUGGGGAAAAUCUAGAAAUCCUCUGUCCAGUUCAAGAUCAAGCAUGUGUAGCCAAAUUUGAAGAUGGAGUUUGGUACCGGGCAAAAGUCAUUGGAUUGCCUGGAAAUCGUGAAGUUGAAGUUAAAUAUGUGGACUUUGGCAAUACUGCAAAAAUAACACUUAAAGAAAUGCGUAAAAUAAAGGAUGAAUUUCUGAAUCCCCCAGAGAAGGCAAUUAAAUGUAAGCUGGCCUAUAUUGAACCAUGUAAAGGGACAUUGCAGUGGUCCAAAAAAGCUAAAGAAAAAUUUGAAGAAAAAACUCAAGAUAAAUUUAUGACAUGUUCAGUCAUUAGAAUUCUGGAAGAUAACGUACUCUUGGUUGAGCUUUUUGAUUCUCUUGGUACUCCUGGAAUGACUCCUAGUAGUAUUAAUGACCAGCUAAUCAAAGAGGGCCUAGCAUCCUAUGAAGUAGGGUACACCAUCAAAGAUAAUUCCAAAAAGCAUACUGAAGUGUGGGAUCCUUCUCCAGAAGAAAUUAUUUCAAAUGAAGUAAACAACUUAAAUUCUGUGACGGCAAAAUCUCUACCUAAUGAGAAUCUUCAGUCUCUUUACAAUAAGGAACUGCCUGUGCAUAUCUGUAAUGUAAUAUCUCCUGAGAAGAUUUAUGUUCAGUGGUUAUUAACAGAAAACUUAAUUAAUAGUUUAGAAGAAAAGAUGGUAGCUGCUUACGAAAACUCAAAAUGGGAACCUAUUAAAUGGGAAAAUGAUAUGCACUGUGCUGUUAAGAUUCCAGAUAACAAUCAGUGGCGAAGAGGCCAGAUCAUCAGAAUGGUUACAGACACAUUGGUAGAGGUCUUGCUGUAUGACGUGGGUGUUGAACUAGUAGUGAAUAUUAACUGUUUAAGAGAACUUCAAGAAAACCUAAAGACAAUGGGAAGAUUAUGUUUGGAAUGCUCUCUUGUUGAUAUAAGACCAACUGGUGGGAGUGACAAGUGGACAGCAACAGCUUGUGACUGUCUUUCAUUGUACUUAACUGGAGCUGUAGCAACUAUAAUCUUACAGGAAAACGACACGACAUGGCCAUUACCAGUGAAAAUUUUUUGCAGAAAUGAAAAAGGAGAGCGUGUUGAUGUCUCUAAAUAUUUGAUUAAAAAGGGCUUGGCCUUGAGAGAAAGGAGAAUUAAUAAAUUAGAUAACAGCCAUUCAUUAUCUGAGAAGCCUCUGGAAAUCCCCCUGAAACAAGAAGAUUCAAUGGUUACUAAGUGUAUUAAAAUUAACUUUGACCCUGACAAAAAAGCUGCUGAUAUUAUCAGUGAACACAAGGUGUCUGCAUUUAAGGAGAACAUUUUAGAACCAAGAACCCCUGGAUGCUAUAAACCACCAGUUAUUCCUAAUAUGAAAGUAUUUGAGGCAGUAGUCAGUUGCAUUGGUGAUGAUGGAACAGUAUUUGUGGUGCCUAAGUUGUCAGAAUUUGAGCUAAUAAAAAUGAUGAAUGAAAUUCAAAGUAAUUUAAAAUGCCUUGGUCUUUUGGAGCCUUAUUUCUGGAAAAAGGGAGAAGCCUGUGCAGUAAGAGGAUCAGAUACUAUGUGGUAUAGAGGCAAGGUAAUCGAAGUCGUUGGUGGCACUAUCAGGGUACAAUAUUUAGAUCAUGGACUCACUGAGAAGAUCCCACAAUGCCAUCUCUACCCUAUUUUGCUAUAUCCUGACACACCCCAGUUUUGUAUUCCUUGUCAGCUCUAUCAUACCAUACCUGUUGGGAGUGUCUGGCAACCAGAUGCAAUAGAACUCCUUCAGGAACUGCUUUCAAAGAGAGAGGUGGAAAUUCACAUUAUGGAAUUACCUGAAAAUCCAUGGGGGAAAUUAUCUGUGCAUCUCUAUUUUGAUGGAAUGUCACUUUCUUAUUUUAUGGCACACCAUAAAUAUUGUACUUUUGAACAUUCUGAGGAGAUAUUAAAAGAAAAACCAGCAGAUUACAGUAAAAAGUAUGAGGAUGAAAGAUGGGAAAUAAGGUUUGAGGAAUUGCUUUUGUCUGAAACAGAGACCCCUAUUUUACCACCAUAUUUGCCUUCAUCUCUGCCUCCCCCAGAAGAACUCUAUGCUGUUCAAGUUAAGCACGUGGUCUCACCUAAUGAGGUAUACAUUUGCCUUGAUUCUGUAGAAAAUUGUAAUCUCUGUAACCAGCAUAGUGACACAGAUGACAGUGGCGUCAGCUGGGAAUCUGAGUCUGAGAGCCUCAAUGAAGCUCUUCGGAGGUUCAAUACUAAUGUGGAGACCUUCCCACCUCUGACAGACUUCAGAACAGAAAUGCCUUGCCUUGCAGAAUAUGAUGAUGGCUUAUGGUAUAGAGCAAAGAUUGUUUCUAUUAAAGAAUUUAAUCCUCUAGCCAUCCUGGUUCAAUUUGUGGAUUACGGAUCAACUGAAAAGCUGACGAUAAACAGACUACGUCAGAUUCCUCUUCACCUUAUGCAGUACCCAGCCCGAGCCAUAAAAGUUCUAUUGGCAGGAUUUAAACCUCCCUUAAAAGAUUCAGGAAAGACAAGAAUACCAUAUUGUCCCAAAUGGAGCAUGGAAGCUUUGUGGGCUAUGAUAGACUGUCUUCAAGGAAAACAACUUUAUGCUUCUUCCAUGGCUCGGGCACCAGAACAAAUAGUGACACUGUAUGAAGAUGAACAGUAUCCAGUUCAUAUGUCAUUAGUAGAAAUGGGGCUUGCAGAGCGAGAUGAAUGAUGUAUACAGCCCAGGAGAAUGUUUUCUGUUGUAUGUAGACCAUUUCAUGCUUGUUUUUCUUUACUUGUUCUGCAAUAAUGGUGGCCCCCUAUUUCCCCCCUACUGUGUUGAAUUGUUAGGAAUUGUUUG